AUGGACGACCUGUACGAAUUCGAGAUCUCUGGGCUCGUGAGCAAGGUAGUCGCUGAGCUGCAAAACCACCUUGGAGUGGUCGACAAAACUCUCGCAGAAUUCGUUAUCGCUCAGCGCCUCGAGGCUGACACCUCUGACAACUUCGAACGGAGGUUGAAUGAUAUCGCCAAUGACACUUUCUCAUCAAGUCUCGUCAACAGCAUAGACAGGCUCGUCUGCUUGCUUCACCCGACUAUGCAGGCAAGGCGUUUCAUUACAUACGAUGAGCCUGGCGAUCAACGCCCCGUUGUCCAAAAAGCUCACAAAUCCACUGGAGAUGCUGUGCCAGACGUGGUGUCAUAUCAAAGCUCUAUCGAGAGCGACUUAGCAAUGCUGGAGGCUCUGGAGCCAAAGCAUCGAGAUGUCGAAAAAAAUAAGCGAAGACGGGACUGUAGUCUCAGUCAGGGUAGGAGUCUUGAAACAUCGAUGGAGCAGCAAUGGAAGCAUGGAAACCCGGUCACCGAUUUGCCAAAGAAGAGACGCCAUGCAAGAGAUAAUUGCGAUGUGUCAAUGUCAGAGAAGCAGCGGCGCCAUGGCUACCGCAGCGGCGAUCGUCAUAAGGAGGACCAAGAGAUAUCGCGUCGGUUGAGCCCCGAGAUAGACGAUACACCUGUGUUACAAAAAGUUUACAGUGGCCAUGUCACGGCUCUUGAGGACUUUGGCGCCUUCGUUAGCAUCCAAGGCAUCAAGCAGAAAGCAGUGGGACUUGUCCAUGUUUCACAGCUGUCAAACAAACGCGUUAGCCACCCAUUAGACUUAUUGAAAUGUGGCCAAUCUGUCCAGGUCAGAGUCCUUAGCAUGGAGGGCACAAAAAUUGGACUAUCAAUGAAGGAUAAUGAGCAAGACCGGGACGCGACUUUCCAGAAAGGCAUCGAUUCCAGUGCUAACAUGCAGUCUGUGGGCGGAGAGAAUAGGGUAGACACCGACACUAGUCCUGCAAAGUUCCAAAAAAGAAGAUUGACAUCUCCUGAAAGGUGGGAGAUUCGGCAACUCAAGGCAUCUGGAGUUGCGAAAUCUUCAGACUAUCCCCAGCUAGAAGAAGACUACAACGCAACGAUUAGUGGAAACGGCAAAAUGGAGCUGGAAGAAGAUGUUGACAUUGAAAUCAGGGAGGAAGAGCCGCCAUUCCUUGCUGGGCAAUUUAGCCAGGCUCUAGAUCUCUCGCCUGUUCGUAUCAUUAAAGCCCCUGAUGGGUCGCUGAACCGGGCUGCUAUGUUCAGUGUCACGUUAGCAAAGGAACGAAGGGAAAUCCGAGACCUGGAGGCUGAAGCUGCGGUUGAAACUGUCGAGAAGGUUGAUCUCUCAUCGCAGUCAAACGAUCCAAUGGCGGACCCCGCGAAUCGCAAAUUCGCCAGUGAACUUGGAAAAGGGAACGCCAUAAAGAAUACAAGCAUGCCAGAGUGGAAAUUUUCGGCUACCACGAAAGGCCAGACUCCCGGAAGGAGAGCACAUAUGUCAAUUAAGGCGCAGCGGGAAUCUCUUCCGGUGUUUACAUUUCGAAACCAACUUAUCGAAGCUAUACAACAAAAUCCCAUUCUUGUUGUCGUUGGUGAAACAGGUUCUGGUAAGACUACUCAAAUAACACAAUACCUAGCUGAGGCAGGGUUUACAAGCAGCGGCAUUAUUGGGUGCACACAGCCUCGCCGUGUAGCGGCAUUAUCAGUAGCAAAACGUGUAGCCCAGGAAGUCGGCUGUGUUUUGGGCGAGGAAGUAGGGUAUUCAGUACGUUUUGAUGAUUGCACCAGCAAAGAUACUAAAAUCAAGUAUAUGACGGAUGGUAUGCUUCAGCGCGAAGUUCUAAUCGACCCAGACCUAAAGCGAUACUCUAUUAUCAUGCUCGACGAGGCACACGAACGUACUAUUGCUACCGAUAUUCUCUUCGCACUACUUAAAAAAGCUUUGAAAAGACGAUCAGACUUCAAAGUGAUCGUCACGUCUGCCACCCUUAACGCUGACAAGUUCUCGACAUACUUUGAUGACGCUCCAAUAUUCACAAUCCCCGGCCGUACAUUUCCAGUCAAAGUUCUAUACUCCCGGGAGCCUGAGCCGGAUUAUCUUGACACUGCUCUAGCCACCGUUUUGCAAAUUCACCUGAUGGAGCCAGCUUUAGGGCCUAGCGUGCCGGACCUACUUGUUUUUCCUGUCUAUGCCGGAUUGCCUGCGGAUAUACAAAACCGUAUUUUUGAGCUAACGCCGCCAGGUAGUCGAAAGGUCGUCGUUGCUACAAACAUUGCUGAGACCUCUAUUACUAUCGAUAAUAUCUACUACAUUAUAGACCCGGGGUUCUUCAAGCAAAAUUCAUAUAAUCCGAAGCUGGGCAUGGACUCGCUCGUUAUUACCCCAAUAUCGCAAGCACAAGCUAAUCAGAGGGCAGGUCGUGCUGGCCGAACCGGCCCAGGAAAGUGCUUUAGGUUAUAUACUGAGACAGCCUACCAUUCAGAGAUGUUACGAUCUUCAAUACCUGAUAUCCAACGUCACAAUCUAUGUACAACAAUCCUUAUGCUUAAGGCGAUGGGCAUUAACGACCUUCUUCACUUUGAUUUCAUGGACCCGCCACCGGUUAAUACUAUGCUCACUGCUCUCGAAGAGCUUUAUGCUCUAGGUGCUCUUGAUGACGAAGGUCUAUUGACACGGCUAGGACGCCAAAUGGCCGAUUUCCCCAUGGCGCCGUCGCUUGCGAAAGUGUUGAUUUUGUCAGGAGAAUUGGGUUGCUCAAAUGAGGUCCUUACUAUCGUUGCUAUGCUAAAUCUGACAAAUGUCUUCUAUCGUCCGACGGAGAAGCAGGAACAAGCAGAUCAGAAGAAGGCCAAAUUCCAUGACCAACAUGGCGAUCACUUGACACUACUGAAUGUAUCAUGGAACGGUAUCAUCACCCAGUUACUUCAUGUGGUCCCAGAACGGAGCAGGUGCGUCGAGCCUUUUGCGCCGGGUUUUUUUCGAAAUGUAGGGAGAAGGGACACAGAGGCUGGGUCCGGGGGCUACAAGACCCUUCUUGAACGCACACCAAUCUUCGUGCAUCCAUCGUCUGCGCUGUUUGGGAAGCAGUCUGAAUGGGUAAUCUAUCAUGAACUUGUCCUCACCACGCGUGAGUAUAUGCGCUGGACCACAAGCAUUGAACCCAAGUGGCUCAUCGACGCAGCACCGACCUUUUUCAAGCUUGCAGGCACUGGUGGGACGAUGUCAAAGAGACGUAAACAAGAGUGCAUUGAGCCGUUGCACAAUAAAUUUGUGGGCGAGGAUGACUGGCGGCUGUCAGCUCAACGCUGUUCUGGCGGCCGAGGCGGUGGCGGCACUUGGAGUUAA